CAGGGAGCAUGCGCUCUUCAGAGAGGCAGGAAGCCGUUUUGCGGCAUUUGUGAUGUUGAAGCGGGAAGCCACGGAAAUCUGCUCCCACUGACAGUCAACAACGCAAAAGGAGACAGCUUCACCAGUCCACUAAGAGGGCAAGCAUGCCUCGAGAGAUCAUAACACUACAACUUGGACAAUGCGGGAAUCAGAUUGGGUUUGAGUUCUGGAAGCAGCUGUGUGCUGAGCAUGGCAUCAGUCCUGAGGGCAUUGUGGAGGAGUUCGCCACAGAGGGCACGGACCGAAAAGAUGUAUUCUUCUACCAAGCAGACGAUGAGCACUACAUCCCCCGGGCAGUGCUGCUGGACCUGGAGCCGCGCGUCAUCCACUCCAUCCUGAACUCGCCCUACGCCAACCUGUACAACCCGGAGAACAUCUACCUGUCGGAGCACGGCGGUGGCGCCGGGAACAACUGGGCCAGUGGCUUCUCUCAGGGAGACAAAAUCCACGAGGACGUGUUUGACAUCAUCGACAGAGAGGCAGACGGCAGUGACAGCCUGGAGGGGUUUGUGCUGUGCCACUCCAUCGCUGGAGGAACUGGUUCUGGACUGGGCUCCUAUUUAUUGGAACGCCUCAAUGACAGAUAUCCCAAGAAGCUGGUGCAGACCUACUCAGUGUUCCCCAACCAGGAUGAGAUGAGUGAUGUGGUGGUGCAGCCCUACAACUCUCUCCUGACACUCAAGAGAUUGACACAGAAUGCCGACUGUGUGGUGGUCCUGGAUAACACUGCUUUGAACAGGAUUGCUACUGAUCGACUGCAUAUCCAGAAUCCUUCCUUCUCCCAGAUCAAUCAGCUGGUCUCCACCAUCAUGUCUGCCAGCACAACAACUUUGCGUUACCCUGGUUACAUGAACAACGAUCUGAUUGGUUUGAUAGCUUCACUCAUCCCCACACCCCGCCUCCACUUCCUCAUGACUGGAUACACCCCUCUCACCACAGACCAGUCGGUGGCCAGUAUCAGGAAGACCACAGUGCUGGACGUGAUGAGGAGGCUCCUGCAGCCUAAGAACGUGAUGGUGUCCACUGGACGCGACCGCCAGACCAACCACUGCUACAUAGCCAUUCUCAACAUCAUCCAGGGAGAGGUGGACCAAGGUGUUCAUAAGAGCCUUCAGAGGAUCAGGGAGAGGAAGUUGGCCAACUUCAUCCCGUGGGGCCCUGCCAGUAUCCAGGUUGCACUGUCUCGCAAGUCGCCCUAUCUGCCCUCGGCCCACCGCGUUAGCGGCCUCAUGAUGGCCAACCACACCAGCAUCUCCUCGCUGUUUGAGCGCACCUGCAAGCAGUACGACAAGCUGCGGAAGCGCGAGGCCUUCCUGGAGCAGUUCCGGAAGGAGGACAUGUUCAAGGACAACUUUGACGAGCUGGACAACUCGCGCGAGGUCGUGCAGCAGCUCAUCGACGAGUACAGCGCCGCCACGCGGCCCGACUACAUCUCCUGGGGCUCACAGGAGCAGUGAGACACACACACACACUCACACACUCUCAAGGCUGUGCCUCAUGAAAAGGAGUCUACACACAGCUGUGCUUCAUCAGGAGCCUACACACACACACACACACUGAUAAAGAAGUCUCCGAGCCUUCUACGUCCCUGUGCCACACUCAAAGAGUGGACAUUGUUGAUAACUGUUUGCUGAAGCGCCUCCCGGUUGGUCCUGACAUGGGAUCAGUAAGGACCUUAGCCCUCCAAUGAUAAAGUAGAGUAGCCAGAAAGGAAAUGGCUGUUCCCAGAACAGUCCCUCCUCUUCUUAGAGUCCCAUGUGUCUCUCUCUCUCUCUCUCUCUCUCUCUCUCUCUCUCACUCAUGUGUGCCUCAAAAAGUGCUCCGCAAUUGUAGUCAAGUGCUUGUUCAGUCUGUCUCCUCUGCUCUCUCUCUCUCUCUCUGGCACAGUCACCGCUACCUCUCAACCUUUUUCUUCUUCUUUUUGCUGAUCUACAGCUUUCCCUGUCUGGCUGAAUGACAUACUGCUGCUCCUCCACAGCAUUUACUAGAGAUGCACAUUCCCAUUAAUAUGUACAU